CCAACCACUAUCCUUCAUUUUAGGUCAAUCAUAUACACAUAAUGGACGAAAAUUUGACAUCCUGCUGGCCUCCUGUUCGUAAACGCGCGCGCAGCCCUUCGUCAAGCGCUCGCACCAGUGACGAGGCCAAUCCAACCACACCCAUCCGUUCUGUCAAUACACAUGUCCGCACCCUCAAUUCACGUUCUCCACUCAUCGAUGCUAUCAACCUUACCCCACGCUUCCGCAAUGGAUACGAGGUCAAGCCGCAAACACCCUCCUACAAGCCAUAUGCCCUGUCCUCUCGUGGGCAAAAACGGCAGCGUGCUUUCGACUUUUCGGUUGAAGUCUCGAUAAACCCCCAUUCUCCGCUCACUCCUGAUGAGUGGAGUGCUCUCGCUACUGGUGCUGCCAUCAUUCCAGCAGACUGCUGCCCACGCGACUUCCAGAUUCAAUGCAGCAACAUCGUAAUCGGACGCUCGAAGGAUGUCUGUGUCAUUGCACCGACUGGCCAGGGCAAGUCUUUGCUCUGGGUUCUCCCGCUGCUUGUUCAGAAAUUGGGUGUUUCUCUUGUCAUCACGCCUUAUACGAGCUUAGGUUCGGAGGGCCGAGAUAGGCACUGUGCUCUCGGAAUCCGCUCAGUCUUCAUCAACGCGAACCAGAAGGAUGCUACCACACUGGCUGAUGCUGCACGUGGACUUUAUAGAGUUGUGUUCGCAUGUGUGGAGAUGAUGCCACCACCAGCUAGAAAUAUGUUCGCGUGAUGUUUAAUUGUGCUGUCUUCGGAGGAAAACAAUGUUUCCAAUAGAGUGCGGAGUGAAAAUCGGGAGAGUUGACGAGUCAUGAAUGCAAGCACCUCGAGGCAUUUUUGGUCUGCAUUGAGUCGUUGAGGUCUAUCAUGACCAUCAGUUGGUAUAUAUGAAAAGUCGUCGUCAUCGGACUGUGAAAGCUCGAGAUCCAGAAACGGCACUUGUGGGAGGUCAUGAAAGUCGACACGAGGUGUUAUAGGGGAGGACUCGGACCCAACAGAACUGAUUGCUUCAAUGUCGUCGAGAGAAUCCAGGCGUGAACGAAGUGGGUACAUAUUGCAGCAGCCUAUUUGUAUUGCUUUGAGACAAAAUGAAGAGAGAAAACGGGUUGCUCGACGCCAACGAGGCAGACGUUGGACGUGCGUUAAGAGCG